AUGGCAAAGUCCUGGGGACGCGCGGGAAGCACCGGCCUCCGGACUCUGCCUGCACUUCCUGCUCCGCCAGAUGACGCGCUGCGGCCGCCGCUAUUUAUUCGUGCUCGCCGUCCCUCUCGGCGCCUGGGCGCGCUCCGCUGCGGGCGGCGGGGUGGCAGGGGCGCAGCGAGGCCGAGGCGGUGGGGCGGAAGGAUGGGACCGCCGCUCUCACUGUCCCCGCCUUCCCCGCCGCGGGCCCGCUCCCUGCGCGCGACUGGAACCUGGGGCGCCCCGCGGCUCCCCGCACCGGCUCUCGGGAUCCCGCCGCCACCGCCGCCGCCGCACUUCGAGCGGCCCGGGCAAAGGCGGGGGAGACAGAUAGACAGCGACCUCCCCCUUCUCCCUCCGCCCCAACUCGGCUCGCUCGCGCACACAAAGGAAGGAGAGGAACGCCGGCGCUCCCGGCUGAAUCGGCUCCGCCGGCUUGACAGCUCCUGCGCCCCUGGCAGCAGUGGGAGGCUGAGGACCACAGGGUGGGGACCGACCCGACAGGGAGCUUGCCCCGAGGUGCUGGGCACACCUCCAGGGACGCAAGGCGGGCCGAGCAACAGUGUACAGCGCUGCUUCCCGGGCCAAGAAACAGUUGGCACCAUGUGGAAGGUGAUUGUCUCAUUGGUCCUGUUUAUGGUCAGCCCUGGUGACGGACUCUUUCGCUCCAUAUACCGAAGCACCAUUGUUUCCCCGCCAUUCAAGGGAAACGCAGGCUGGCCUCUGUUUCUUAGCCCUUAUAUCCAAGCUGGGAAGAUCAAGCUGGCGCAAAGGAAGAGCGAGGUCAGUCCUUACCCUGGAAUGAACUUGAAGAGUUAUGCCGGCUACAUCACGGUGAAUAGGACUUACAACAGCAACCUCUUCUUCUGGUUCUUUCCGGCUCGGAUACAGCCUGAGAAUGCCCCAGUAGUCCUCUGGCUUCAGGGCGGGCCUGGAGGUUCAUCCAUGUUUGGACUCUUUGUAGAACAUGGGCCUUAUGUUAUCACAAGCAACUUGACUGUUCUUGCCAGAGACUUCACUUGGACCACUACCCUUUCCAUGCUUUACAUUGACAAUCCGGUGGGCACAGGGUUCAGCUUCACUGAUGAUCUCCGGGGAUAUGCCAACAGUGAGAGCGAUAUAGCCCAAAAUUUGUACAGUGCACUGAUUCAGUUUUUCAAGUUGUUCCCUGAGUAUGCGAAGAAUUUGUUUUAUGUCACUGGGGAGUCUUAUGCAGGGAAGUAUGUGCCGGCCAUAGCACACUAUAUCCACUCCCUCAACCCCGUGAGAGAGUUCAAGAUCCGCCUGGAAGGAAUUGCCAUUGGAGAUGCAUACUCUGAUCCCGAAUCGAUUAUAGGAGGGUAUGCAACAUUCCUGUACCAAAUUGGCUUGUUGGAUGAGCAGCAGCAAAAGCACUUCCAGAAGCAGUGCAACAAGUGCAUAAAAUACAUCAAAGAUCAGCACUGGCUGGAGGCCUUUGAAAUCCUGGAUAAGCUGCUGGACAGUGAUUUAACAAAUGAGCCAUCCUACUUCCAGAAUGUGACAGGGUGUACCAAUUACUACAACAUUUUACAGUGCACGGAACCUGAGGACCAAGGUUACUACGGGAAAUUCUUGUCACUCCCACAAGUGAGACAAGCCAUCCACGUGGGAAACCGGACUUUCAGUGACGGUGCCGAGGUCGAGAAGUACUUGAGAGAGGACACAGUGCAGUCGGUGAAGCCCUGGCUAGCUGAGAUCAUGGAUCACUACAAGGUUCUGCUCUACAAUGGCCAACUAGACAUCAUCGUGGCAGCAGCCCUGACAGAGCGCUCCUUGCUGGCCAUGGAUUGGAAUGGAUCACAGAAAUACAAAAAGGCCAAAAAAGUGGUUUGGAAGAUCUUCAAAUCUGAUAAUGACGUGGCUGGUUAUGUGCGAAGCGUGGAUAAAUUCCACCAGGUAAUUGUUCGAGGUGGAGGACACAUUUUGCCCUAUGACCAGCCGCUGAGAUCUUUUGACAUGAUCAAUCGAUUCAUCUUUGACAGAGGAUGGGAACCUUACAAUUCAUAAACUCCUUUCCAUAAACAGUUACAAAUUUUAAUCACAAAAGAUUUUA